ACAGUCAGAGUUAGGAGGCUCAGCGAGCCCCGUUGAUGGCUUCCUGCUAACAGAAGGAAAUGAGUUCUUCAUUAUGCAGAGGGUUUGAAAAUUUGUACUUCAGAGCGUACCAUCCGUCGCUAUGUCACAAUUCUUGUUCUUGACUCCGCAAAUAAUUCUGCCCUUUAGCCCUCUUACUUCUCAAGAGUUUGAUCUGAUCAAGCACAGGGCCCGAGCAUCUUGGCAGAAUGAGAGGCGAUGGUCCGAUUCCUCCGUGACAACGUACGCAGGCAGUUACCGAGAAAAACCACUGGUUGAGUCCACCUGCAGCCGCCUCACUUUUAGAGCAGGGCAGCCCAAGCCUGGGUGUAAGCGGAUGGUAUUGCCGAACAGCUCUACCCACAGUCCUCUGCUCUGUGGGGCUGAUACCCAUGAGACCAAAGAUGUCAAAGGCCGAUUCCCUGAUAUAACCCGGUCCUUGAAAAAUCCACUUGAUGUCAAGCACAGAGCGGCACACCAGAUUUGGUAUUCUGCCGAUUUUCCUUCUGCAUUUCCAAAUUAUAAAAAAUCACGUGUGAGAUCUAAAGAGCCAGCCCUGGAGACCCUGCUGAGCCACAGAUGUGCACGGCAAAGCUUCCCAAAGCAGUUUCAGGGACGAUGGGAUUCUAUAAGUAAAGUCGGUUCAUCCGAAGACUCAGAAGCUGAUCAAUAUUCCCAUUACGGUCGGGGAGGACUGUUAUCGUUACUUUCCUGACUUGGAAAACAAGCCACAGGCUGGAGGCCCAGAGUUUGCGCGAUAAACGACUGUGAGAUUCAGCCCUACAAAAGAAAUUAUGAGUGAGAGAUCUACUACCUCAUAAAGAAGAGUAAGUUUUGAUUAACAACCCAAGACUACCCAGACCUUGGAUGGGGAAGAAAGAUGGAUCUCUCAGUCCCUGGGAGUUAUUACAUUUACCCCACAACUUCCUUUCUGGGCAUUUGCUUGUUUGGUUAAUCAUCACUACUCACAAAAUAAACGCCAUUUUG